AUGCCUCGGACGUUCACUUUGGCCUCUAGAGCCUCCCAGCUGGCCCAGAUCCAGACCAACAUUGUCCUUGCAAAUCUCCAGGAACAAUUUCCACCUUCUGCGGAUGGCUCGACGCCCAACUUUGCUACAUCGUUUAUGGCCACUGCUGGUGACAAAAAUCAGUCCCAAGCUCUAUAUCUGAUCGGUGGAAAGGCUCUUUGGACCAAGGAGCUCGAAGUCGCGUUGAAAGAGGGGCAUGUCGAUAUGCUCAUCCAUUCUUUGAAAGACGUUCCUACUACUCUGCCGGAAGGAUGCCUCUUGGGCGCUAUCCUCGAGAGAGAGGAUCCAGUUGACAGCUUGGUGGUCAAGCAGGGCGAAAAUUGGAAGACACUUGAUGACCUACCUGCUGGAAGUGUCGUUGGCACCAGCAGUGUCCGAAGAGUCGCGCAAUUGAAGCGCAAAUACCCUCAUCUUAAAUUCUUGGACGUCCGUGGAAACUUGAAUACGCGCUUUGCGAAAUUGGAUGCACCAGAUGGUCCUUAUGCCGCCCUUAUUUUGGCUAAAGCAGGCAUCGUUCGCUUAGAAAUGGGCGACCGUAUUUCUUCUGACGUCGGGCCACCUACAUUAUACCAUGCAGUCUCACAAGGUGCCCUGGGCGUCGAGAUCCGUAGUGAUGAUACAGAAGCACUCGAAUUGUGCAAGAAGCUCACUCAUCGUGAAACCUCGUGGAGAUGUUCCGCUGAAAGGGCAUGCCUUCGAGUUCUCGAAGGUGGUUGUAGUGUGCCUGUCGGGAUAUUCAGCAAGCUCGUUGCUGAGGAAGGUGGAGAGCUUCUUACCAUAACUGGCUGUAUCACUGGCCUCGAUGGGAAGGAACAUGUCGAGCAGACGGUGUCGGAGAAGGUCGCGUCUCAGGAAGACGCAGAGAAUGUUGGAGUAAAAUUGGCCAAACUUCUGAUAGAAACCGGGGGCAAGAAGAUUUUGGACGACAUCAAUGUCGACCGGGAACGACGAGUUGGUGAGGCAAAGGCUGCAGACGAGGUAGCUGCAGCAUCCUAA